AUGGGAUUAUUUGACAGAUUUUCAGGUUGGUUUCGCUCAAAGAAGAAGGAAUGUAAUAUCUUAUGUAUUGGGCUCGAUAACAGCGGCAAAUCAACCAUAAUUAAUCGUUUAAAACCCGAAAAGACGCAGCAGCUGGAUAUAGUUCCAACGAUUGGGUUUAGCGUUGAAAAGUUUGCGUCAAGAAAUUUAUCAUUUACUGUCUUCGACAUGUCUGGUCAAGGAAGAUAUAGAAAUCUAUGGGAACAUUAUUAUAAAGAAGCACAAGCCCUUAUUUUCGUCUUAGAUAGUAGCGAUAAAUUGAGGAUGGUUGUAGCUAAAGAUGAACUAGACUCUAUGUUAAAACAUCCAGAGAUUAGACAUAAACAAAUUCCACUUUUAGUGUUUGCUAAUAAAAUGGACUUAAAGGAUGCUAUAUCAUCUGUUACGUGCACAGAAUUAAUGGGACUAAAAGAAAUUGCUAAUAAACCUUGGCAUAUAUGUGCCAGCAAUGCUCUAACUGGAGAAGGAUUACAUGAAGGCGUUGAAUGGUUAACGGGUAAGUCCUAA